UGACCUGUGCUUGUAGAGAUCGACCUCGACCCUUCACUCAUUCUCUCUCCUUCUCACUCGGGCUCUCUCAGCUCGACCUAGAAACCGUGAGGAAAACUCAAACACGAGCCCUCUCUCCUUCUCACUCAGCUCUCUCAGAUCUCGAUUCUCACUCUCUCGAUUCUUUGUUGGCUAAGAUUGAACUUCUUCAUCAUAUUUCUAUCAAAUCUGGCCACUUCAGUAGAAGAUCUACCAACUCUCUUCUCCUUCUCUCUCGCUCCCUUGUCUUUCCAAACCCUACUCUCCCUCUCCCUCUCCCUCUGUCUGUGUCUCCGAAUCUCACAUUCUCUCUCUACAAUCCUCUCCGUCUCUCUCUGAAAUUGACGGAGAUGAAGUCUAUCUGCGCCACAAUUUCUUACGGGAGACGAUGGAGCCGCCCCAGUAGGGUCUGGCAAGCCUCCGUGAAAGCAUAUAGCCGCCAAGGAGAACGAGUCUCCGCCUUCAGAUCUCCUCUAUAUGGCCUUGGAUUCGAAGCCUUCGCCAGCGGCCAAGUUGAAUAGUCUGUUGCCGCCACGGCCUUGAGAUGCUUCCUGAGAACUCCGUCCAUGGAGCCUUUGGAGAAAGUUGAGAACUUUGGCCGUCUUGCUCAUUGGUUUUUUUCUCUGGCCAAAUCAAGAAUAGAUGCUGAAGCCUGCAGCAUAAGGGAGGAACUUGAUAAACUGAUGACACUGCAGCAGCCUUUAAGUGGAAGUUGUAACAAUUCAUCGGAGACAGCAAAAGAUGCAACGGUAGAGAAUUUAAAAGCAGCACUCGUAGAAAUUCAACUAUGUUCCAGGUUGGAGUCUCUGUUACUAAAGAAGAAAUCCUUGAACAAUGGGGACUCACCUGAGCUGCACACUGAAAAGGUCGAAAAAUUGAAAGUAUUAUCAGAAUCUCUUGCUAAUUCCACCUCACAAGCAGAAAAGCGCAUUUUGGACCACAGGGAAAGCUUUUUUGAAGCAGCUGAAAGUGUUCCUGAGAAAAAUUACUUAGAUGUGUAUCGCUUUGAAUCAUGGGGAGGUUCACUGCUACCAACAUAUGCUGUUGGACAACAGAUGAGGACCGAGUUCUAGCAACUGUGAGGGUUCAGCCAUCUCAUGGUUAACUAACGACAUUUGUGGAACAUCCUAGAAUGAGCAGGCUGAUCCCCAACUUCUUUUCCAUUCAAAUGGGUUAUGCAUAUAUACUCACGCAGCCUGGAAUACCUUCCGUUUUCUAUGACCACUUCUAUGAUUCGGGUGAUUCAAUUCAUGAUCAGAUUGUGAAACUGGUACAGCAGUGUAGCUAGGUAGUUCCUUUAUUAACUUGUGUCUAGUAGAUUCUUCAUUCAUUAAGCAUUUGGACUUGUCUGCAGAUUCAGAUUAGUAGAUAUGGGACAUUUUGAACUGAUCGAUGCUCAUGAUUAG